AUGUUCAUUUUCAUAUGUUUAGUUUAUUUAAGUCAAUAUUCAAAAUGUAUAGCGUCAGUGGAACCUCAAGACAAUCAAGAAACACAACAGUUUUAUAGAAUUUCUAUGGUUUCAUCACAUGAGAAUCCCGGUAGUCCAGCCCUUUUUAUUCACGGUAAAAGUCCUGUAUGGGAUCCGGUGCUACAGAGUUUGUACUUUGUCGAUGCACGCGAUAACAAAGUGCAUAAACUCGAUUAUGUCUCCGGCAAGAUUACCUCUAAGUACAUCGGAUACGGUGAAGUAAAUGUAGUAUCGCUAGUAAGUGGCUCGCAAAGAGUUUUGGUCUCCGUACGUUCAGCAUUAUACCUGCUCGAGUGGGGUAUGACUGGUGAUGAGGCCCUACGAUUGGUCACUACGUUGGAUAUGGGUUUGCCAGAUAACGUAAUCAGUGAUGGAAAACCUGAUGCUGAAGGACGUUUUUGGGCAGGAACGAAAGGGCCUGAAAGAGGUGACGAGGUGGCUCCUGAUAAAGGAACUCUGUAUACAAUAGAGCAAGAGAGUUUCGCCAAGCCCCGCAUACAGAUUCGUCCUGUUUCCAUAUCCAGUGGGCUUGUCUGGUCCCUAAACAACAGCGUGUUGUAUUACAUAGACUCAGCUACGCAGAAAGUCGAAGCGUUUGACUAUGAUCUGCAUAAGGGAGAUUUGAGUGGGCGCAGAACAAUAUUAGACAUUACUAACUAUGGAUAUGAAGAUGCUUUUCCUGAUGGUAUGACCAUCGACAGUCACGGCAAGUUAUGGGUUGCACUUAUGCUCGGGGGCACUGUCCUGCAUAUAGACCCCGACAAAGGUCAAGUGAUCUUCGGCUACAAGCUCCCUGUAUCUCGUGUAUCAGCCGUGUGUUGGGGCGGUCCCAACUUCGACGAGCUAUUCGUGACAACGGCCCGGGGGAAUCACGAUGUCACAAAUGAACCUCUUGGAGGCGCUAUUUUCACGAUUCGAGGCACAGGCAGCCGUGGGCAUUUAACACGACACAAUGAACACUUUAACGCAUUCGAGUUCACAAAUCUUACGUUCACUCACGCCGAGAGUCCAGUUUGGGAUACAGCUACAAAUACCUUGUUCUGGGUCGACGUGAUCAACCAAGAUGUACAUUCCUUAAACUAUUAUACAGGAAGUCAUGAUAUUAAACACAUUGCAUAUGGCGAGGUCAACAUAGUUAUGCCGAUAGAAAACAGCCGUCGUCUUCUAGUGGGUGUCAGAUGCGAGUUGUUCCUUCUCGACUGGUACAAACCGGGUGACGCCGCGUUGAGACUGGUCGCUGCUUUAGAUGAGGGCUUCCCAGACAAUGUACUAAACGAGGGAAAAGCAGAUGCUAUCGGCAGGUUUUGGGGAGGGACAAAAGGUCGUCAAAACCGCCAUAUAGUCACACCCGAUGAAGGCACAUUGUAUAGCUUGGAAGGUCCGAACUUCAUACCUCGUAUCCAUGUUAAGCCAGUGACGAUAUCUAACGGACUUGUUUGGUCACUCAACAAUACUGUAAUGUACUAUGUAGACUCCUUUACGCGGAAAGUAGAAGCCUUCGACUUUGAUCUUCUAAAAGGACGCUUAUCUAAUCGCCGAACAAUUUAUGACGUAAGUGAAGAUUUUCCAGAACCAGUAAUAGCAGAUGGAAUGACCAUUGACAUACAUGGGUUUCUUUGGGUUGCUCUUAUGUUUGAAGGACGUGUGAUACGCAUCGACCCGGAUAGACGAUACGUGGUAGAGACAUAUAAGCUCCCUGUGUCCCGCACCACAUCGAUGACGUGGGCCGGACCGGCGCUCGACAACCUCGUAGUGACAACGUCAAGACGAGACAUGGACGUUACUGCUUUACGGCAGGAACCUCUAUCGGGUUCCUUAUUUAUAUUGCACCGACUGGGAACCACAGGUGUUCCAGACUAUAAGUUUGUUUUCCCUAAUGCCGACAACUAUUGA